AUGUCGAAUGAUGGCGACAAGCACGCGGGCCUGCGUCUGCAUCUCUCCAGCAGCUGCAGUACCGGCUACAAGUGCGUGUACGAGCACUUUGGCCGCUUCCAGGCGAAGCGCUGGGUGGACGGCAAGGAAGUCUGUCUUGGAACCUUCGCCACGGCGGUGGAGGCGGCGGCUGCCUACGCGCGGGCUGUCGGCGGCUUUCAGCCUCCCCCUCCAACGGUGGUGACCGAGUCGGAGGGUUUGAGGCUUCACCUCUCGACCAGCAACACCACCGGCUACGCGGGCGUGACAUUUUAUCGGGUCGGCCAGUAUCACGCGCGAACCCGUGUGGACGGAAGGAAACGCACCUUGGGGGUUUUUGACUCGCCGGUGGAGGCGGCGGAGGCGGAUGGAGGCGGGCCAGAGGAGGGCGCGGCGAAGAGGCCAAGGCGGGCCGCAACGGAGGAGGCGGAAAGUUCGAUGGGCGCGGAGGCGGCAGUGGCGGCGGCGGAGGAGGAGGAGGCGCAGGAGGAGGAGGAGGCGGCGGUGGCGGCGGAGGAGGAGGAGGAGGAGGAGGAGGAGGAGGAGGAGGAGGAGGAGGAGGAGGAGGAGGAGGCCGCAGGCUCAGCGGACAUUACGACCGCACCGCCGACUCCGACGCACAGGGAGGCUGCACCCGCCGCGCCGCUCGUGACAGAGGCGGAGGGGCUGCGCUUGCACCUCUCCAGCAGCAGCAGCACCGGCUACAAGGGCGUGCUCGAACAUGCCUCUGGCCGCUUCCGGGCGCAGCACAGGGUGGGUGGGGUCUCGAUCGGCUACUUCGCCACGGCGGUGGAGGCGGCGGUGGCGUAUGCGAGGGCGGUCGGCGAGUACCAGCCUCCAGCUCCUCCGACGGUGGCGACGGAGGCGGAGGGGCUGCGGCUCCACGUCUCGAGCAGCAGCGGCACCGGGUACAAGGGCGUGCGCGCGGACAGGAACCGCUUCAAGGCGGUGCACUAUGUGGGCGGAAGGAAGGUCACCAUCGGCUCCUUCGACACGGCGGUGGAGGCGGCGGUGGCGUACGCGCGGGCGGUCGGGCAGGCGGAGGCGGCUGGCGCGGGAGGGCCAGCGCGGGCCGCAGCGGCGGCGGCGGAGGGCGCAGAGGGGGCGCCGGAGGAGGAAGAGGCGGCGGAGGCCGCAGGCACGGCGGCCGUGUUUUCCGCCGCCGCGCCGCUAGCGACGGAGGCGGAGGGGCUGCGGCUGCACCUCUCCAGCAGCAGCAGCACCGGCUACAAGUGCGUGCGCGCGGACAGGAGCCGCUACCAGGCGGCGUGCAGUGUGGGCGGAAGGGUGGUCUACUUGGGCUCCUUCGGCACGGCAAUCGAGGCGGCGGUGGCGUACGCGCGGGCGGUCGGCGAGUACCAGCCUCCGGCUACUCCGACGGUGGCGACAGAGGCAGAGGGGCUGCGGCUGCACCUCUCGAGCAGCACCGGCACCGGCUACAAAGGUGUAAACAAGCACCCCUCUGGCCGCUUCUGGGCGCAGCACUGGGUGGGCGGAAGGCUGGUCUACUUGGGCUCCUUCGACACGGCGGUGGAGGCGGCGGUGGCGUACGCGCGGGUGGUCGGGCAGGCGGAGGCGGCAGGCGCGGCAGAGGCAGUGCCGGCGGAGGAGGGCGGGUGGAGCAGUGGCGGCGAGGAGGAGGGCGGCGAGGAGGGCGGGUGGAGCGGUAGCGGUGGCGGCGAGGAGGAGAGGCACUUCCAGGUAGGAGGCCGCGUCGCUGUACAGUACUCUGACGGCGCCUUGUACUCGGGCGAGAUCGUGGGCUUUGACGGCGCGUCGAGCCUGUACUCGGUGCAGUGCGACGACGGCGAGCUGCUGGAGGACGUCUCGCUGCACGAGAUGCUGCGAGAGGUGGGAGAGGGCGAGUGGGAGGAGCAGGAGCGAGCGAGCGGCGAGGGGAUGGAGGCGGAGGCGGCGGAGGUGGUGGCUGGCUCAGCGGACAGCUCUACCGCUUCGCCGCAACAGACGCCGCCGCCUCCGACGCACAGGGAGGCUGCACCCGCCGCGCCGCUCGUGACAGAGGCGGAGGGGCUGCGCUUGCACCUCUCCAGCAGCAACAGCACCGGCUACAAGGGCGUGCGCGAGAGCCACGGUACCCACUUCGUGGCGCGGCGCAAGGUGGGUGGAAUGCUGGGCUGGAUCGGCACCUUCGACACGGCGGUGGAGGCGGCGGUGGCGUACGCGCGUGCGGUCGGCGAGUACCAGCCUCCGGCUACUCCGACGGUGGCGACAGAGGCAGAGGGGCUGCGGCUGCACCUCUCGAGCAUCACCAGCACCGGCUACAAGGGCGUGUGCAAGCACCGCUCCUCUGGCCGCUUCCAGGCGUCGCACAAGGUGGGCGGAAGGCAGGUCUUCAUCGGCUACUUUCACUCGGCGGUGGAGGCGGCGGUGGCGUACGCGCGGGCGAAGGCGGGGAAGGCGGGAGGGCCAAAGCGGGCCGCGGAGGAGGCAGGGGCGACGGAGGACGCGGAGGCGGAGGACGUGGAGGUGGAGCAGGCGGAGGAGGCGGACGCGGAGGGCUCAGCAGGCGGGGGGGAGGGAGAGACGGCGGAGGAGGCGGAGGCGGCUGGCUCAGCGGACAGCUCUACCGCUUCGCCGCAACAGACGCCGCCGCCUCCGACGCACAGGGAGGCUGCACCCGCCGCGCCGCUCGUGACAGAGGCGGAGGGGCUGCGCUUGCACCUCUCCAGCAGCAACAGCACCGGCUACAAGGGCGUGUGGGAGCAGUACCCUGGAACCUUCGUGGCGCGGCAAGCGGUGGAUGGGAGGAUCUGCCGCCUCGGCACCUUCGACACGGCGGUGGAGGCGGCGGUGGCGUACGCGCGGGCGGUCGGGCAGGCGGAGGCGGCAGGCGCGGGAGGGCCAGCGCGGGCCGCAGCGGCGGCGGCGGAGGACGCAGAGGGAGCGGCGGCGGCGGCGGCGGCGGCGGCGGCGGCGGCGGCGGCGGCGGCGGCGGCGGCGGCGGCGGCGGCGGCGGAGGAGGAGGAGGAGGAGGAGGAGGAGGCUGCAGGCUCCGAGAGCUUGGCGGCCGGCCCUUAG